AAAAAAAAAAGCCCCAACCGUUUUCUGGAACCCCAACCGUUGGACUCCGAGCGACGCCAGUGAGUGGCGUGUGUCGCCGGCGCCAUGGCCGAGUCCCCGGCGUUUCUCUCCGCUCAGGACGAGGGGUCCUUUGCGUAUCUCACGAUUAAGGACAGAACACCGCAGAUCUUAACCAAGGUGAUUGAUACGUUGCAUCGACAUAAAAGUGAAUUUUUUGAAAAACAUGGAGAGGAAGGCGUUGAAGCUGAAAAGAAAGCCAUCUCUCUUCUUUCUAAACUACGGAAUGAGCUGCAGACAGAUAAACCAAUUAUCCCCUUGGUGGACAAGUGUGUUGACACGGACAUGUGGAAUCAGUACCUGGAGUAUCAGCGGAGCCUUUUAAACGAAGGGGAUGGGGAGCCACGCUGGUUCUUCUCUCCCUGGUUGUUUGUAGAGUGCUACAUGUAUCGGAGAAUUCAUGAAGCCAUCAUACAGAGUCCGCCAAUCCAUGACUUCGAUGUGUUUAAGGAAAGCAAAGAUGAGAACUUCUUUGAGUCGCAGGAUUCCAUCGAUGCUCUGUGCAAACACUUGCUGCAGCUGAAACCUGUCAAAGACCUCAGGGAAAACCAGAUCCAGGACGAGUUCUUUAAACUCCUGCAGAUUUCCCUCUGGGGGAAUAAGUGUGAUCUAUCUCUCUCAGGUGGAGAAAGUAGUUCUCAGAAGGCCAAUAUAAUAAAUUGUUUGCAAGACCUAAAACCAUUCAUUUUAAUAAAUGACACAGAAUCUCUCUGGGCAUUGCUCAGUAAGUUAAAGAAAACAGCAGAAACUCCCAGAGUUAGAGUAGACAUUGUUCUGGAUAAUUCUGGGUUUGAACUGAUUACAGAUUUAGUAUUUGCGGACUUCUUGUUAUCCUCUGAGUUAGCCACUGAGAUUCAUUUUCAUGGGAAAACUAUCCCAUGGUUUGUGUCUGACGUUACUUUGCGUGACUUUAACUGGAUAGUCGAGCGUAUGAAGAGUAGCAAUCUGGAGUCCAUGUCCACCUGUGGGACCAACUGGGAGACCUAUGUUACGAUGAGGAGGUGGGUUUACCACGACCAUGCAUUUUGGACUCUGCCUCAUCCAUAUUGUGUGAUGCCCCAGGUCGCCCCUGACUUAUACGCUGAACUGCAAAAGGCAUGUCUUGUUUUAUUCAAGGGAGAUUUGAAUUAUAGGAAGCUAAUGGGUGACAGAAAAUGGAAGUUCACCUUUCCGUUUCAUCAGGCUCUGAGUGGCUUCCACCCUGCACCUCUCUGUAGCAUAAGAACAUUAAAGUGUGAGCUUCAGGUAGGUCUGCAGCCUGGGCAGGCCGAGCAGCUCACGGCCUCUGAUCCCCACUGGCUGACCACUGGCAAGUAUGGAAUAUUUCAGUUUGAUGGGCCACUUUGACUCCACUCAGGAGUUCCUGGUUGCAGACAGUGUUCUGAGAAUCUCCUUUCAGCCUCAGAAAAACAGUACAUGGAUUUAGGCCUGGCUUCUCAUCAGCAUAGGAAGCCCGUUUCUCAGCCCCUGUGCUGUCUUACAUACUGUAUAUAGAUGAGGCUUCCUUGGAAUGUUUUCCCCCACUGCACUGUUUUGAUUUUAAGCCAGUUAUACUUCUGUUGGGCUAUUAGUUACUAUGCCAAGUUAAAUGCAAACUUUCAAGUGGUUUUAAUGAACUAAUUUUUUUAUGAACUAAUUUUUAAUUUUGAAGAAUGCAAAAAAUGUAAGUGAAUUUUGCUUUAAAAACUAAUUUACAUGUUAGUUAAUCCUGUUUUCUUAAACGGAAUGAUUAUUUAAUAUCUAGGAGACUUAAGUAUUAUUUAACUUAGUUUUGGCUCUUGAAUUCGCGGCCCAGUGACAUGCCUUGUAAGAGCUCUCCUGGGAGGCACGUGCAUGAUGCUUGAACACACAGAGACAGAAUUACCUCAGACUUGAACUUCAGCCUGCUCUCUUGUACGGUUAAGUUUUCAAAGCCCAUUUUCUUGCAUAGAUUUGUAUUUGGAUUGACCUGCAGAACGGGUCAAAGCACAACUGAGCAUCGUAAAGAGUGAUUGAUGAAGUAUGAGUGCAGGGUUGCUUCCAUUGUCCUACGAUUGCCAUGCUGACGUUCCCACCACAGCGAUGUUGGUUUGCGGUAGCAGACUGUGGAGACGACUGUUAUGUGUUGUUUUAGAUACUGCCCGGCUGAGCUCAGUCUUCAUAUCACAGGUUGUGAAGUUCCUCACCUCAGACAUAGUCAUAGUCUGUAAAUUCAUGUUACUCUUUUUCAAAGCAAUUGGAACUAAAGUUGGAGAUGCUUUCUUGUACUAGAAUAAUAUAAUGAUAAUAAUAUAAUAAAAAUGAUUUUUACAGAGAA